AUGAGAAAGAAGAGAACAUUAAAUGAAUUUGAAUUUGUUGAAAAAAAGGAUAAUGGCAAAGCUCAAGAAGAAUUGGGAAAAGGAGCAUUUGGAAGAGUUCGUUUAGCUCUUGAUAAAGUGACUGAUACUAAGGUAGCAAUCAAAACGGUAAUUAAAUAAGUUAAACUAGAUUCCCAAAAAAUUACUUAAAGAAAAUGCUUAAGCUGAAAAUAUUAAACGAGAAAUAAAGUUACAUAGAAAAUUAGAUCAUCCUCAUAUUGUAAAAUUGUAUCACUCUCUUGAAGAUGAUACUAAUGUUUAUCUCGUGCUUGAAUACGUUCCUAUGGGGAACUUGUUUGUUUAUUUAAGAAAGCGCAAAACUUUAGAAGAGCAAGAAGCCUUUGUUUAUUUCUUACAAACUGCAUUAGCUUUAGAUUAUUUACAUAAGAAGGGAAUUAUACAUAGAGACUUGAAACCAGAAAACAUCUUAUUAGAUGCAUAAGGCAAUAUUAAAAUAUGUGAUUUUGGAUGGUCUGCAGAACUCUAACCAGAAAGAAGAACUUUUUGUGGAACAUUAGAUUACAUGUGUCCAGAAAUGCUAAAUAGUUAGAAUCAUGAUCAUAGAAUAGAUAUAUGGGCUAUGGGUAUUCUUUUAUUUGAAAUGUUACAUGGUCAUGCACCUUAUAAUAAAAAUAGAUCAUCAUAAGAAGUUGUUAUUAAAGCUAUUUUAAAUGCAGCUACUACUAAAAUACCAUUUAAUGAUAAAAUUUCAAAUGAUGCCAAAGAUUUAAUUUAAUCACUUUUAAAAGUAAACCCAUAAGAUAGAUUGAGUAUGGAAGAGAUUUUCACACAUAAAUGGAUAAAAGUUAAUGCAAGAGCAUUAUAAAUAAAUAUACCUGAAUUUGUAUAUGAAAAAGGUGUAAAUGAAACAGUAUAAUCAAUAUAAGAUAUAUCAAUUGAUUUUGGUAAUCUUACACAACCAUCUAAUAAUUAUUAAUCUUAAAAAAUUCCUUAAAAAUAGCCAUCUAUAUAAUAAAGAUAAGAAAAUCAAAAUUGUUAUUCUUAAUAAUUACCAUCAUCUUCACCAUCAUUAAAUAAUUCAACCUAUUAAUAAUAAUAAUAAUAAUAAUAAUAAUAAUAAUAAUAAUAAUAAUAAUAAUCUACUACUCCUAAUAAGAAACCAUCUUUUGAUUAACUUUUUUAAUCAACUCAUAAUAAUACUAAUAAUGUUCCAUUACCUUAAUAUGAAUCAACUUCCAAAUCUCCUACUAGAUUAACACCAGAAUAAUAAAGAUAAAAAAAUGAAUUAUUAGGUAUCAAUUCAAUAGAGACAUCAAAACAAAUGGAAUAAUCUAAUAGAAUAAAUUAUUAAAUGUAGUAAAGUUAAGAUAUGCAAAAAUCUUAGAUCAGAGAUCAAUCACCCAAUUAAUCUAUGAUGAAUUCUAAUUAUUAAGGAGUUUCUCCAAAUAAACCUGGUGUUAGUCCAAAUAGUAGAAAACCUAUUUUAAAUGAUAAAAUGGCUCAAUCCCAAAUGAUAAUAAAUAAAUAUACUUAACAAUCAAAUAACUAAUCUGGAAUGUUUAAAAGUCAAGACAUUACUAAUCAACAUUCUUAAUAAUCUGAUGAUUUUACAAAAUAUAUGCAAUAAGAAUAAGAAAGAAAAAGAAAAGAAGAAGAAUUUAGAAAAUAAUAAUUAGCUGAUUUAUAAAAGAGAGAAGAAUAAAGAUUAUUAGAUGAAUAAAGAUAAAGAGAAGAAAGAUAAAAAUAAGAAGAAUUAGAAAGAUCAAGAAAAAUGAGAGAAUAAGAAUUAGAAAAUUAAAGAAAGAUUAGAGAAUAUGAAGAAGAGUAAAAACGUUUAAGAGAAUAAGAGAAAUUAAGAAAAUAAAGAGAAUAAGAAGAAAUGUUAUAAAAAUAAAGAGAAUAAGAGUUAGAAAAAUUGAGAAAGGAGAAAGAAGAAUAGGAUAAAUUAAGAAAAGAAUAAUUGAGAAGAGAAUAAGAGGAUAGAGAUCGUAAAAUCAAAGAGUAGGAGGAAUAGAGAAGAAGGGAUGAAUAAGCAAAAAGAGAAUAAGAAGAAAGAUAAAGGAGAGAAUAAGAAAAAUGGGAGUAGGAAUAGAGAGAAAGAUUAAGAAAAGAAAAAGAGGAAUAAGAUAAGAGAAGAUUAUAUGAAGAAUAAUAAUAAGAAAAAUUAAAAUAAUAAGAAAGAUAAAAAUAACAAUAUGAAGAACAACUUAGAUUAUAAAAAUAAUAGGAAUAAGAUAGAAAAUUAAGAGAAUUUGAGGAAUAGAAAAAAUAAUUAAAUCGAUCUAAUUCUAGAAAUGUUAGAAGUUAAGAAACUGAAGAAGAUAGAUAAGCUUAAAAGUUAAAGGAAUUAGAAUAAAGAGCAAGAUAAGAAUAUCAAUAACAUUUGAUUAAUCAAAGUAAUAGUAGUUAUACAAGUAAAUAAUUGAUUGAAAGUAAGUAAUAAAAAAGAUAAAUAUCAGAUGAUGAUCUUUUUAUUGCAACAAAUAAUAAUUCAUAUAUACCUUAGAAACAAAAAAAUGAUAUGAAUGAAGAUGAACAGGAGUUUGAAUAAAAGCUUCAUAAUUUGUUAGUAUAAAAUCUUUAAUUAGAAAUACCUCCUAUUACAAAAACAUUAAAACCUGAUGAAAAUAGCAAUCUUGAUUGGGAUAUAAGUGUUAUUGAACAAUAAUAUAAAUAAGCUCCAAUAAUGAAAUAAUAUGAGAAUGUUUAAUAAAUGGAAGUUGUAAUGAAUUAGAAUUAAUAAAAUAACAAAUCUUUAUCACCAAAUACUAGAUAAACAAGAUUUACUCCAAGAGUCACUAGAAUGGAAGAUAGACCAACUCAUAUUAAUAAUAUGUUAGAUGAUUAAUUGGAUGAAUGGGAUCUAAGUGAUGAUCCUUAAGUAAAGUUGUUAAAUCAAUUGUUGUAAUAGCCUGAACGACCUAAAAAAGAGAAGCAAAAGUAAAAUAUUAAUACUAGCACUAAUAAUGAAUAUUCAUCUCAAUCUUAAUAAUAAAUUUCUGUGUCUACUCAACCUACAAAUAAAUUUAGUUUUGGUGAAAAAAAAGCAUAGUAAACUAUCAAACCAGAAACAGUUGAAAAUGUAGAGGAAAGUUUUAGGCAAGAUAGAUCAAUGAGAAUGAACACUUCUAGAGAUAGAAGUAGGAAUAAGAUACCAGCUAAAUCAAAUCCGAAAUAUAGAUAAAUUUAAUAACAGUAAGAACCAGUUGAAGAAUAAUAUGAUGAAGAUUAAUUAGAAGAUUUAAAGAGAUCUAAAUCAUCCAAUUAAGAAAAUACUUAUGAUUAAAAACUUAAACAAUUUAAAAAAUAUGACUAUGAUCCAUAUUCUGUUAAUUAUUAAAAUUAAACAUAAGAACAGUAUUUUAAAUAUAUAAUAAUUUAGAUACAAACCAAGAAAGAGUAGGAUAAGUGAAAGAUAAAAUAGAACUAUUCCUUAGAGACCAUUAUAAGAAAUGGAUUUUUUUGAUAGACUAAAAUUUGCCUUUGGGUGUUUAUCUAGAAGAUAAUGA